GCGACACUGGAUUCCACAUGGUGGCAAAUCGAAUCUCCAAUCCAAAAUCAACAUACCGCUAUUCACCAUUGUCAGCUAAUUCUAUCCGCCUGCUUCGGCUACAACCGCAUUCAGACGAACAUGCUCUGGUACAAGGUCAACUUUUUGAGUAUCUUUUCGUGGACUCAGGGAAAGGGACUCACCUUUACGAGGCUUUAUCUUACAUAUGGGGCUCUGAAGAGAAGCCUCGACGUGUUUCAACCAAUGAAGGUGACAUAUACGUCACGGAAAAUCUCCACGCGGCUCUAUUACACCUUCGGGAUCACUCCUUGGAUCGGAUCAUAUGGGCCGAUGCUAUUUGCAUCAACCAAGAUGACAUCGAAGAGCGGAAUCGCCAAGUUCAGAUCAUGGCUAAGAUAUAUGCCAGAGCAAGUCGUGUAAUUGUCUGGCUUGAAGAUGCAAUCGAUAGUCGUCCAGUGGGCAAUAACGACUCAGCUGAUGUACUUCAGGAGGUAGCUGCGGCUCGGCACGUUCUGAUCAUGUUUCAUUCCAUGGAAAUUGAUGGACUUGCAUUCUGCACGGGUUUAAACGCACUGAACCUUGCCAUGCAUGAUUCAGAAGUGCAGAGUCGAAUUCGUUCUGUGGCCUACCUUAUAAAUGGCGCUAGCCUCUCAGACAGAUUUUCUCUUGAUAUACGCCCCCUCGGGACGCUUGUGGAUAUGUACCACAAUCACAAGGCUAAGGACUGGCGGGACAAGAUUUAUGCCUUGCUCGGCAUGAGCUCUGAUAUUCCAACAGAUCUUUUACCUAACUACAACAAUCCAUGGACAGACCUCUUCCGUCGACUUAUACACUCUAUCGUCGGAGAACAAGCAUCUGUCCAAACUUGGGACAACAAGCAGGUCGCAGUCAUCAAGCAUAUGGGCUGUGUUCUCGGCAAUGUAUCAUCGGUAUCAAGCACUGGCGAUUGGGAUGGUAGACUAGAUGUGAGAGUGAGGACCUGGGCCUUAUCCACGCCCGACUGGAUGUUGAGUUAUUGGGACUGGACUCUCCAAGCCUCUGCCAACUCUAUCAAGGAAAAUGACAUCGUCUGUCUUCUGCAAGGCGCAUCAAAGCCCACGAUCAUCAGGUCAUGUCAGGACUAUGGUGUCAUUGUCGCAAUUGCCGUUAACCCCAGGGAUGACUCCUGGCAAUAUGAUUCGCCGCAGGAAAGAAUCUUCAACCAAAUUUAUGAAAGGACAUAUGAAACAACUCAACAACAAUUGCUUACAACGCUCAGAAAUAUUUUAUUGAACUCGGCCACAGGCGAACCGGCUAAAGCAGAGUGGCUGGAAACUGUGGCUGAUACUCUAAGUCUCAGGGAAGAUUAUACCAAGGUCAUAGAGCAUGGGGUAAUCUUCACUGCAGGAUCAGCUGAUGAAGAAACAAUGAAAAAUAUUCUUUCCCAUUAUGGAGACCAAGUUACCGUCACCGAGGAAGUAUUAGUGGCAGCGACGACAAAUAAAUCAAGCGGCAUUAAAAUAUUACAACUGCUUCUCAACCAACACGGAGACCAAGUCCUUAUUACUGAAGAGAGAGUGAAUUCAGCGGUGAAAAAUAGUGUCAGCGGCAAGGAAAUAAUACAGCUGCUUCUUGAUCAAUACAGAAAUCAAGUCCCUAUUACUGAAGAAGUAGUAGAGUGGGCAGCGGGCAAUAGGGACUAUGGCAAUGAAGCAAUGCAGUUGCUUUUUGACCGAUACGGAGACCAAGUCCUAAUCACUGAAAAAGUGGUGGAGAACGCAGCGAGCAAUUUCGAAUAUGGCGAUGAAUUAAUGCAGCUACUUUUUGACCAAUUCGGAGGCCAAGUCCCAAUUACUGAAGAGGUGGUGAAGUGCGCAGCGAGUAAUCGGGAAUGUGGCGAUAAAGUAAUGCAGCUGCUUUUCGAGCAAUGCGGAGACCAACUACUUUUCGACCAAUACGGAGACCAAGUCCCAAUUACUAAAGGGGCGAUAGAGGAAGCAGCAAAAAAUAAGUGGUAUGGCUAUAAGGUAAUGCAGCUGCUCUUUAACCAAUACAGAGGCCAUGUCACUAUUACUGAAGACGCGGUGAAAUGGGCAGUGAGGAAUAAGCGUGGUAGAAUUCGAAUAAUGCAGCUGUUUUUCGACCGAUACGGAGACCAAAUCCCUAUCACUGAAGAGGUAGUGGCAUGGGCAGCGGGUAAUAAGUACUUUGGUUAUGAAAUAAUUCAGCUGCUUGUCGACCGAUACGGAGAUCAAGUAGUGAAAUGGAGAACAUAGAGACGUG